UAGCUUUUUACUAGCACUGACGCCUUUGUCAAGGUUCCAACGUCGGGCGAGACAAACUAGGAGCACGCUAUCAGGCUACCUUGCUAACCUCAGACUCCGCAGCCUGUUGCGUCAGACGCAACCACAAACCGAAGCCUUCUCACGCCUUGAGGUCACUUUGGAGGCCUCCGUCAUCAUCUCCAGCUCAGGUUGGUGGAGGCCAAGUGUUCCUCUGUCAUGGCAUCCAACAGCAUCUUUGACUCCUUCUCCAACUACAGCAGCAGUCUGCUCAGAGAGCCGCCCACCACCAGACGGUUCACGCCGCCUUCCGUGUCCUUCACCUGUAGUAAACUCGCAGACGGCAACGGGGCCAUGGCCACCCCUGGCCCGCUCAGGGCGAGAACCGACACCAGGAAUGUGGUGGACGUCCUGGCGGACCACGCCGGCGAGCUGGUCCGCACCGACAGUCCCAACUUUCUCUGCUCAGUCCUGCCGUCUCACUGGAGGUGCAACAAGACUCUGCCCGUGGCUUUUAAGGUUGUGGCCCUUGGCGAUGUCCCUGACGGCACUCUGGUCACGGUCAUGGCCGGGAACGACGAGAACUACUCGGCCGAGCUGAGGAACGCCUCCGCCGUGAUGAAGAACCAAGUGGCCCGCUUCAACGACCUGCGCUUCGUUGGGAGGAGCGGACGAGGGAAAAGCUUCACUCUAACCAUCACUGUUUUCACCGGACCGCCUCAAGUGGCCACUUAUCACCGCGCCAUCAAGGUCACUGUGGAUGGGCCACGUGAACCCCGCAGGCACAGAGUGAAGAUGGAAGACUCUCAGAAGCAAUUUUCAGACAGGCUUUCAGAGAUCGAGCGCUACCAGCGAAGCAUGCGAAUAGGUCCGGUGAACAAUAAUCCUCGGCCCCUUCCGCAGAGCCACCUCAGCACCACACCAGCAGCCCUGUGGCAAGAUCAGAUAGACACCCCUUCUCUGAAGACAUGCAAGGUGGAGGAGGACCUCAGACCAUGGCCAGGGACAACGGAUCUCUUCCAGCAGAGGACCACGUUCCCGUCCCCGCUGACCGACCCCCGCUUCUCAGACCCCCGUAUUCAUUACCCAGGGGCUUUCCCUUACUCCACCAACACUUCCAGCACCGGCAUCAGCGGCCUCAGCAUGUCGGCUCCGUCUCGAUACCACACCUACCUGCCGCCUCCUUACUCAAACAACCAGAGCCAGAACUUCCAAUCCAACUCCUACUUGUAUUACGGCACAGGAUCUGGUUCUUACCAGUUCUCCAUGGUGGCAAACGCCGGGGGCGAACGCUCCCCUACCCGUCUCCUCUCCUGCUCAGGGGCCUCGGGCGCCGGCGGAGCCAACAGCCUGAUGAACCCGGGCCUGAACAACCAGAGCGACGGCGUGGAGGCCGACGGCAGCCACAGCAAUUCCCCCACGGCCAUGAGCGCCUCGGGCCGUCUGGAUGAAUCCGUCUGGAGGCCCUACUGACUUGAAGGGUAGAAAAGUGAAGAUGAACAAAAUCCUGAACACUGAAAAAAAAAGCCCCCAAAAAAAAAAAAGAUACAUGAUGCAUGUUUGUCUUUUAUUUCCAUAGCACUCGCUUAUUAAGACUUUCUGCAUUGGACCGCUGACGUAUUUUGUAAACUCUGCGUGAAUUUUUGCACUGUGCUAACAUAUGUACCCUUUAAGCCUAUCAAAAGCCAUAUGAGCUGAGAGAAGCCAUAUAGUGGACAGACUCUUCAGGCUGAGUCAGCCCUCAUGGGUGGAGGAGAGCAACCAGACUGAAUGUUUGCCCCGCGAGUGACUCAGACAUCCCUCCAAGGCUUGGCUGCACUGCUGUAGCAAUCAGUCUUUCUAAGCUUCCAUUUGGAAUUAUGCAAAACUGUCAAAUAACACCUCCCGGUUGCAUCUUGAGCAUCUGUGUAUGCUCCUAAUUUAUUAUCCAAAUGGACACCUCGGUGAUGCUGUGUGCAGGUCGGCUCGGGCACAAUGGACAUCCUCUGCUGUGACGUCGUUCGUCAUUGAAUCGAGUUGGAGCAAAAAUGAUGGACAAUGUUUGGAGGCAUGUACAGAGGAGAGUUGGAUUUUUUCUUUAGUUUGUGCAGGAAUAAGCCUUUGCCUAUUAUUCAGGCAUUUUUUUUCCAUGAAAGAAAAAAAGUCUGGUGUUUUGCAACUGGAUGACACGGUUUACUUUUUGAUAUUUAUUUGAGCCAAAUUGUAAGGAAAUGUGCGCGUAUCCCCCUCUUCCUUAAAGCAUUUCUCUUCGUCGUUCCUCUUUUUAUAUCUAUAUCUUUUUUACAGUAUAUGCAUAUCAUGUUUUGUCGUUAAGUAUAUACAUUUGGAAUCCGUGUAAUAUAUUGCAACUAAAUUAUGAGAAAGAAAACCGAAGCUUUAAUGUUAUUAUUUCGUUUUUCCAAUGUAGCUUUGAUGCACUAAAAAUCUUUAUUUUCGCCGAACCACGCCCAACAGACUUUGUUAGUGAGAUGGAUCGCUAAAGCCUUUUUAUCCUUUAAAUUUCCCAAAUUUGAAUUUUAUCUUUCCUGCGCUUAAUAAGCCAUCUGCCUAAUUUUUGCACUAUUCCAAUAAUACCCCCCCAACCUAUUCAGUUUUUAUUUUGGUGUGUAUUUGUGUACAUAUUUGCUGGUUGCCUACAUGCACAGCUCCUAAUGAUGAAUAACUUCCAUGUACAUAGCGGCAUCACAAGGGGGGGGGGGGGUCACAGCGGUAUCUUCUUACCGACACCAGCGGCAAUUAUGCCAAAGAAGAAAGCUGUUAACUGCUCACAAGCCCUUUGUUCUGGGUAAUCUGUAAGAACUUUGAAGUUCUUCUCGCCCUCAAUGUUGCUUUUGGACUAAUUUACUGAUCAGUGGUGCCAGGGGCUCUUGACUCUGGCACUAUUUCAUACGCCCACACAGGAUCAUCUUCUGUGUAUCAGGUAUCGAGCUAAAAGAAGCUCUCCCGUAACGUGACUUAAAAAGUGUUUGCUUCCAAUGUGGGAGAAAAAAUGAAGUAGUAAGACCAUGCCGUCUAAUUUGUAGAGCGUCAUUAGAAAAAGUUAGCCCAUCUGACUUUGGGUACUUGUUGGAAGUCAUUCACGGCCUUAUUCCUUUGACUCAUUCCUGUCUCCUUGUGCUGAAGAGAAAAAGCACCUUCCCGACUCCCCUUUUUAAUGUGGUUGAAGACUUUUAUUGUAGAAAGCAAUCAUGCAGCUAGAGGAAACCAAAAAAAAUGGGGGGAUAUGUGUAAAAAAUAGUAAAUGACGGCUAAAAUGUGUGGUAAGUCUUGUCAUCUUCAAUGUAAAACUAGGAAGCCAAAUUGUACCAGUGAAUUGUAUUUUAAUGUAUAUCGGAUUAAAAGCCACGUUUGUUUUGUUUCUUUUUAAAAGAAUUCCCUUUUUUUUUCAAUGUACCAAAAACCUUAAGUUGCUUUCUCUGUUUUUAUGCUCAAAGCAUGUACAUCUGAUGUUAAUUUAAAGAAUUCCUGUAUGUAUUAAUAUCAUUCAUGUUUCCAUAUGAGUGCUUGUAAAGUUUGCAGAUAAUGUAGUUUUUAAUAACUGUAAUUAAAACUAAUGUGUUACAA